AUGGACAAACCGAAGCAGCCCUGUAACUGGACCGGCGUUGCCUGCAGCAACGCCGUGCUGCCUCGUGGCCGUGACCAGGGUGAUGCUGCCCUUGUUGUGUCCAACAUUUCCCUUGCAUACUGUGGCCUUCAAGGCGGGUUAGACGGCCUCCACUUUGCAGACUUGUCCCAUCUUGUCUAUCUGAACCUCAGCGGCAACUAUCUUUGGGGCUCAAUCCCAUCAAGCAUCGGUGCUCUUGCCAAGCUCACUCACUUGGAUCUAUCCAACAAUGGCCUGAACGGAUCUAUCCAACAAGCAUCCCUAGACUUGCCCCAUCUUGUCUAUUUGAAGCUUGGUAACAACCUCCUUUUGGGCAGAAUCCGUUCAAGCAUUGGGGUUGUUGCCAAGCUUGCAUACUUGGAUCUGUCCGUCAACAAUCUUGAUGGAUCUAUCCCAACAUUCAUAGACUUGCCCAAUCUUGUGUAUCUGAACUUCAGUCGCAAUGCUCUCUCGGGCCCAAUCCCAUCAAACAUUGGCACUCUUACCAAGCUCGUAGUCUUGGAUCUAUCCUUCAAUGGCUUGAACGGAUCUAUCCCAACAUCCAUAGAUUGCCACCUUUUAUCAUCGUUACUCAUAUCAGACAACUUAUUGACAGGAGAAAUACCACAAGAACUUGGGUAUCUCACCAACCUAUAUGAGCUGGAUUUGAGUAGAAACAAUUUAAGUGGUGCCAUUCCAAUGACCUUAGGAGACCCAUAUGAUAUACUACUUGACUCUUAUCCUUGUCAUUCUACUGAAAAUUUGGCCGGGUUCAGAGAUGUCCAAGACUGCUUCAAGAUCAACCUUUCGCAUCCAUAUUGUAGACAUGCGAUCAGAGGGAGCCUCAUCAUCCCUUGGUGCUAG